UGCGGUCGCGGUCAGUCCGAGAGAUGGCGUUGGGCCCGAAAGAGGCCCGCGGAGCCGCUGCCAUCACUUCCCAGUAGCCGUGCGAGUGCGCGGUAGGACGAACGCGGACAACGGACUAGAGACAUGGAUUCCUCCAAGCGGGUGGGGAACCCCAACCCCAGGGAUUCAGCCAGCGUCGUAUCGAAGCUGUUCAACUUUUGGUUGGCUUCGUUAUUUCGCAGAGGAUGGAAAAAGACAUUAGAAGUGGAGGACAUUUACGAUCCUCCCAAGAGAGACCGCUCGGAGUUGUUGGGCGACAAAUUAAACAUGUACUGGGAAAGAGAACUGGCCUGGCAGAGUGAAAAGAAGGGCAGAUCUCCAAAUUUGGUUCGAGCUCUAACAAAAACAUUUUCUACAGAUUUAAUUCUCCUAUCUUUCCCUCUUAUUAUUGAAAUGUCUUUAAAUGUUAUACAAAGUUUACUCCUUGGUAAGCUCUUGUCACACUUUAGGCCUACUCCAUUAAUUUCGAGAGAAGACGCCAUGAUAUAUGCGGGUUCAAUGAUGACAUGUGUCCUCAUCUCAAUUAUUUGUCGUAACCGCUAUGAGAUUACUGCUUAUCACACAGGAUUACGCAUAAGAGCAGCCUGCUGUUCUGUUAUCUAUCGCAAGGCUCUUAAGCUGAGUAGUGGGGCUAUGGGAGAUAUGGCCACAGGUCAAGUAGUUAAUUUGAUCUCCAAUGACGUAAGUCGUUUUGACAUCAUGUGCAUUUUUUUCCACUACAUGUGGGGAGGUCCUGUCCUUUCUGCUGUUAUAGUUUUUCUAUUUUGGUGGGAUGGUAUGCUGCCAGCCUUGUUAGGAUUGUGUGUUGUGUUUGCAGUAACACUAGCUCAAUCUUAUAUUGGAAGACUCUCAUCCACAUUCCGGCGCCUUAUUGCGCUCAGAACUGAUGAACGUGUUAGACUUGUAAAUGAAGUUAUUUCUGGUAUACAAGUAAUAAAGAUGUAUGCAUGGGAAAGGCCUUUUCUUUCUCUAAUGAGGAUAGCUCGAAAGCGAGAAUUGUUCCAGUUGAGAAAAGUGGCAGCUGUGCGUGCAGUAUUCAUGACAUUUCAUAUGUGCACCACGCGUAUGGCUCUGUUUGUUGCUGUCCUUUCUCUUUCUAUCUUUGGAACACAAAUUACCUCUGAUAAGGUCUUUGUGAUCCAUUCUUAUUUUAAUAUCCUACAAUGGGGAUUAACGGGAAUGUUUGUUCGUGGCACUGCUGAACUCUCAGAAAGUUAUACUUCAGUAAAGAGAAUUCAACAAUUUUUGAUGAAACCUGAGUUUCAUUCUGAUACUAUUGAUAAUAGUAUCAGGUCAAGCAUAAAAGAGAAAAACGGCAAAUCAGAUGAAUCAGAGACCCUUUUGAAUGGCAAAACUUCUUCCAUUCAAAGUUCUGAUAGUGCUUCAAGUCUUGUUCUUGAAAAUGUAGAGGCAAAAUGGAACUCAGACUCAGCUACUCAAUUAACUCUGGAUAAAAUUAGUAUUGAGGUUCCCAAAGGCCGAUUGUUGGCCAUUAUAGGGCCCGUUGGAGCAGGAAAGAGUUCUAUCCUUCAAGCUAUUCUGGGUGAAUUAAAACUAUCUAAAGGUUGUGUUAAAGUUGGUGGCAAGAUUUCAUAUGCAAGUCAAGAUGCUUGGGUGUUUGCUGCAACUGUGAGGCAAAACAUUCUUUUUGGAUCACCGUACGAUAAGAAACGAUAUGAUAAGGUUGUGAGAGCAUGUGCUUUGCUGAAAGAUUUUGAACAGUUCCCGGAAAGUGAUUUAACAGUUGUUGGUGAGAGGGGUGUUUCACUUUCAGGUGGGCAAAGAGCUCGAAUUAACUUAGCCAGGGCUGUUUACCGUGAGGCAGAUGUUUACCUUCUUGAUGACCCAUUGUCUGCUGUGGAUACUCACGUUGGACAGCACUUAUUUGAUGAAUGUAUGCGUGGAGCUUUAAGAGAAAAGACAGUAAUUCUUGUUACACAUCAAUUGCAAUACCUGAAAAAUGCUGAUCUUAUACUUUUGAUGCAAAAUGGACGUAGCUUAGCAAAGGGUACUUAUCAAGAAAUUAUCAACAGCGGAAUCGAUUAUGCAAAACUGUUGGAGGAGGAGGAGGAGGAUACAGAUGAUACGAAAUCUGAGACUUCUCAAACCAAUGAAUCGUUGCUAGCUUGUCAGGAUCCCACAUUACGGAGAUCAAUAUCAAGAGAGAGAAAAAAGUCGAAUGUGUCUUCAUUCACUUCAUCGGUGCAAAGUGUUUGUUCUGAAAAGUCAGAAGACAAAGAGGAACAGCAAGCUACAUCCCCUCUUGUGGAUAAAUUGGAAGCAUCUUCCAAAGGAAUGGUUAAAGGAUCAGUGUAUAUGCAAUAUGUCAAAGCUAGUGGGUCAUUGAUGUUGUUCCUUGUCACGGUAUUCUUCUUCCUCAUCACACAAUUUGCCGCCUCUGGUACUGACUAUUGGGUUGCAUUUUGGACCAAAAUUGAGGACAGUAGAAACGCUUCUGUUCAAGAAAACAACAUGUCAAACUCUUCCAAUAUUCAAGCAGAUAAUAGCACAUUUAGAUCAUUUUUCCCUUAUCUCGAUCUGAAUACUGAAAACUGUGCAUACAUUUAUGCUGGGAUUGUUUUAGCUACACUUGUCCUUUGCAUAGUCAGGUCAACAGUAUAUUACAGCUUGGUACUAACAAUUUCAAGACGAUUACAUGAGUUUAUGUUCAGUGCUGUCAUUGGUGCUCCAAUGCGAUUUUUUGAUACUAAUCCUUCAGGUCGUAUUUUGAAUCGUUUUACGAAGGACAUGGGUUCAGUUGAUGAAAUAUUACCUAAAAUUAUUUUAGACUCUUCCCAGGUUAUCUUGAAUUUAGCAGGUGCUAUAGUGUUGACAGUGAUAACGAACUAUUUGCUCAUAUUGCCUCUCAUACUCAUGUUUAUUAUCCUUCACUUCAUUCAAAAGUUUUACUUAAAAUCCUCAAAAGAAUUGAAACGGAUUGAAGGAAUUGUACGAAGCCCUGUGUUUUCACACAUGAAUGUUACCUUGCAAGGCAUGGUGACAAUUCGAGCAUUUGGUGCCCAAACCUUGCUCAAAAAAGAGUUUGAUAAACACCAGGAUCUUCAUACUGGAGCUUGGUUCCUUCAUUUGUCUGGCAGCAAUGCUUUUUCCUUAGCUCUAGAAAUGUCAACAUUAUGCUACAAUAUUAUUGUCCUGGUCAGCCUUUUUGCCUCCACACAAGUGAACUCAGGUGGUGAAGUUGGGCUUGCCAUUACCCAGUGCAUGAUGCUUUUGGGAAUGUUGCAAUGGGGUAUACGCCAAUCAACUGAAGUUGCCAACAACAUGAUGUCAGCUGAGAGAAUACUGGAAUAUGUUCAAUUAACACCUGAGCAAGGAGAAUUAAAAGAAGAAAAGAAACCGGCUAAAGAGUGGCCUGAGAAAGGGUGUGUUAAAAUGAAUCAUGUGUUUUUAAAGUAUUCUUUAGAAGACAGUCCUGUUCUGAAAGACCUAAAUCUCAUUAUUCAGCCAGGAGAAAAGAUUGGCAUUGUAGGCCGUACAGGUGCUGGCAAAUCCUCUUUGAUUGCAACUUUAUUCCGAAUGGCUAUAGUUGAUGGUAAUAUUAUCAUUGACGAUAUCGAUACGGGAGAUGUAACUCUGGCAAGAUUGCGGUCAUCUAUAUCCAUUAUCCCUCAAGAUCCAGUUCUUUUCUCAGGAACGAUGCGUUAUAAUCUUGAUCCAUUUAAUGAAUAUCCAGAUGAAAAGUUGUGGAAAGCUUUGGAAGAGGUUGAACUAAAAGACCUUCUAUCAAAAGAAAUGGGUUUGAAUAGUAGGGUGCUUGAAAGAGGUAGUAACUUCAGUACAGGACAGCGGCAACUUGUGUGCUUGGCAAGAGCUAUUCUCCGAGCUAAUAAAAUUUUGAUGAUGGAUGAAGCUACAGCCAAUGUUGAUCCUCAAACGGACAAACUUAUACAAACUACCAUAAGAGAAAAGUUUAGAAGCUGCACAGUUCUUACUGUUGCACACAGACUGAACACUGUUAUCGAUUCUGAUCGGGUAUUGGUCAUGGACAAUGGAACAGUUGUUGAAUAUGACUACCCUUGGAAACUCCUAGAGCGUCCUGGUGGUAUCUUUAGAGGAAUGAUCAACCAAUUAGAAGGGCAUGGUGCUGAACAGCUUAGACAAGCUGCCAAACAGCACUUCAAAGAACUUCAACCUGGAGUGAAUAAUGAGUCUAAGAAAGAAAGUUAGGAAUGUGUUCACCAUGUUCACUGUCUGUAUUUCAUUGCCUGAAAUUAUUUUUUUCCUUAAAAGUCAAUUUGUAUUUAUCUAUUUGUUAUAGCUGUCCAAUUGCUAACUUUUUGAGAAUGUGUUCUAUGGUUUGUGUGAAAUCACACUGAAGAUGAGCCUUAGGAUGUUGUAUCAGUAUUAUAUACUUCUACUUAUUCUUCUCAUAUGUACAAUGAAAUUUCACUUUCCUUAUGACCAGGAAAGUUAAUUUUGUUUAUUGAAAUACUUAUUAUUGACGUUGUGAUAGGCCCUUAACUUAAUGAUAUGAGUCCAAACUUAAUUGCCCUAAACAUACCAACAACAUAUGGGCUAUUCCUCUAAAUGACCUGCAGUUUGUGAUACAAAACAGUAGAGCUUUUCAAGCAAACAAGUUUAUUUUCUUGGAGCUACCUUGAAUAUUUUUAUUACCCUACUGAUCAUUUUAUUAGAUUGUAACUUCCAUUGAAAAGUAAUGGAUAUUUUUCUGUAGCCAAAAUUGUGUCUGUGUGAGAGAGAGAUGAACCUAUUGUAGUUCUCAUGCUGAAAUCGCCAGCCAUUAAUUGUUACUUAGAAAUCUGUGAUUUUACAUAUAACAUACUUUGUUAUUGAUUUGUUUUUUGAGAACUGUUAUUAUGAAUCUACUUACUCGUGCACUCUUGUUCAUUCUUCAUGAAUGUACUUGCAUUUUUAGCUUGACCCAUUAUGUGGGUUUUUAACUGUGUUGUUAUUCGCUAUUGUUAUGCUGAUGGUUGCUUAGCCUAAAUUUUUGCAAAAAAUUAGGACUUUAAUUUUGUAUGUGAUUCAUUGUUUAUUGAUGGAGUUGUCUCUGAAACUGCCCAGUUUAAAGAAAUGAGACUAUUUUUAUAAAGUCACCUUCUGCUAUCGAUGAAGCAUUUAAAGGAGGGUUUAAAUAUUUUUUAAUCAAGAGUAUAUCUGUUGUUAUUUUUACAAUGAUUUUUUAUUGUGUAUUGAUCACAAUCACUACAAUAAAUCUUUUCAUGAAGA